AUGGCGCCACUAGGUAUUCGACAGAGCCACUCACUUGGACCUGGCACUCCUCGUCCCCCGAAACGGCCGCCGAACGUCCCAGUCGAAGUGCACAAGUCAAUCGAUCCGAAGGUGUUCGCCGAACUGAUGGCCGGAACGGUCGGCAUAUUUAUACUUGCAGUGUUGUUCUGGAAGCUGGGCCAGUUUAUCAGAAGAUUCAACCAAAACAAGGUGCUGAGAGCAGGCAAAUCUACCAAGACCCGAGAAACCUGGAUCGUGUACGAUCCCAUAUCAAGAGUUAACAAUGAUGGACGCCGGGAGUGGGGAGACCCUCGCUUCAACGUUCCAUAUCCGGAGCCAAGUCUGAGUCCUCGACUCAAGUACCCUAGCUCCAUCAAGAAGCGAGCGCAUACACCUCGGAUAGACUCCUGGCGUGCGGCGGUCAACAAGCAGCGGAAGGUAUCUGGCAUUCGAGAUGCUAUCCGCAGCAUUGAACUGUUUGAAGGGUCGGCGGAGGAACCGCCUGAUGGUCAUAUUGAUCCAGCUUGCUGGGCUUUGCCGAAACCGCCUCAAGGCUUUGAAAUGUCCACCUCGCAGAAGAACGCCUGGUACGAAGGAGGGGCAGGGUGGCAGGAAAAGCUUGAAGAUUGGCAGAACGUUCGUUGGGGAUAUCGUCUUCGCAAAGGCAUCUAUGAAGGACGUGUCAAUCGGGGAAAAGUGAAGGAAGCGGUGGUGCAAGUCAACAAAUGCUACCGCAGUGCAUCGGCCAAAUUGAUUCCCAGCCACCAUUCCAGCAAACGAAGAGCUCCAAACCGUCGGGUCUCAUGA